AUGUCCGGUUCUGCAUCGAGUUCUAGUCCUCCGGAAGCCUUCGACCAGCACUUCCUUAACAACUUGGGGGCUGCAUGCCGAGAAUCCAUAUCCAAGAACGAGAGACUGCUGUCCAAGUGCUUCCAGGACAUUGAAGCUGGUUCUACCGUCGACGUUCAGAUCAUUCUGAGAAACACCUCUGAUGCCCUUACGCCUGUGAAAGCAAUGUCCGUACCCGGCCCUAUAACGGCCCCGGCGUCGGAAUCGGCUACAGGCUCGGGGUCCUCAAGCUUGCCCGCUGGAAGCGAACACGCGAGCUCUGAUCAAUCAGAUGGCGUCUCAGUAGCCCCGGUGGUUGUUGUAACGACUUCAUUGACUUCGGUCUUCGAAGCAGUAUCAGCCGAUCUCUGCCGCCUUGCUGAUGACCAUCUACUCAGCUGUGACCUUCCCUCAUGGGUGACUCCGGUCUCACGACAACUUGCGAGAGUUAUCAUUAACCUCUCCUCAUCGGAUCACUAUCAGAUUCGAUGGACAGUUGCCAUUCCGACCCAAGCACAGCUGAAACGUGAAUCGGUCGCUGCUAUCAGUGAGCAUCGCUCUCACUGCAUGGCACAAUCAUCUCAAGCCAACACGAAUGCCAUACCUGGUGUUCCCACGGCAGGUGAACAGGCUAACACCUAUCACUCCACCGGUGCUGUUGUUACCACUUCACAACAGCAAUCGGUCUCCCAAGUGAGCUCGUCUAUCGGUGGCCCUUCCAACUACGACAUCCAGCACAAUCCCACGGCCGUAUGCUCAACCUUCGGGGGGUAUCAAAAUUAUACAUGCCCUCCCCGUAUUCGUCCGUUGCAGAUUAAGACUGAUGUCACGAAGCGCCCUAUCGAUCAGGCUAUUAAGCAGGUUCGUGUCUUCAUCGGUCAUCCUGUACAUGACCGCCUCAAGUUCGACCCUAACCACAGUGGUGCCUAUGCUAGAUGGCGUGUUGCCUUUGCUGAUGCGAUCGAGCGCGUGCCAUGCUCUCGACAAGUUGCUACGGAGGCAGUUCUGGCAUGUCUACCAGAGCCUGUCAAAGGCACUGUCGAACGAAGUGUUCACCCAAGUGACAUCGAGAAGUUUGGUCACGUCAUCAUCAUCUAUGCCUUGGACCAUACCUAUCUGACGAAGCUCGAGUUGCGUAGUGUCUCCGCUGCGUGGGAGAGAAUCUGCCAACAACCCAAUGAGUCUGUCCGCCAAUAUGCUACGAGGUUUGAGCACUGUGCACAUGUAUACACAGCUCUCUACUAUACUCAUGGUCUUUCUGCCCGUGACAUUACCACCAAAUUCUCUGAUGGUCUCCGUGGUGCCCGUGAAGUUCUGGGAAGAUGUCUCAUUGACCCCCAAUGCCAGCUUGGCUAUGAAGCUUACAAGCUUGCACUCUUCGCUUUUCUCGACAACGGUACACCCCUGCCCGAUGAUCUAACGGCAAUGAUGCCCGGUCAGUCACGGUCUCAAGGUUCGGGUAAAGGUGGCCUCAAGAAGGUCGAUCAUUCUCAGAUCAUCUCCAUCUGUGCACUAGCUACCAAAGAGCUUGGUAUACCGCCUGAUAACUGCCUACGCUGCGGAUUGCCUUCACAUCAGGCCAACUCAUGUCGUCAUACUCAAAUCUUCAAGCAGAAGGAGCGUUGUGACAGGUGUGGCCGACUCCGUACUGGUAGCGAGCACAAGUGCCAAUCCAAGAACUUCAAGUGCGGUAGAUGCAAGCGCAAUGGUCAUUUGAGUGGUGUCUGCCGAAAGGUUAUCAACAAUGAUAGUAUGACAUCCACUACUCAAGCCAAUAUGUCCACUGUUGCAACGGAGAUCUCUGACGGCUCUGAGCUAAAGAUCAUCCACAGCAGCGUCGCCUGUGCUUCAUCUCGUACAGCACUUCAUGAUAUCGUCGGCUCACUCCCUGCUGAUCCGGUGGUGAACCUUGUUGCUGGUCAUGAUGCUCCAAAGACUUAUUGUCCUAUCCAGGGACUCGUGGAUAGCGGUGCGAACGCCUCCAUUCUGAACAGCUCUACCGUUCACUUUCUUCUUGCUAACGACAUCAUAAGGCCUCCUGAUGUCAAGGCUCUAUCACCGCCUGUGUCCGUUACCUUCGGUAAUAAUCAGGCUCUCUCGGCUGACUCUGUCGCCAAGGUCCCUUGCUUCCUUGGAUCCGCUGGCACUGUCACCAUCUCAUUUCUGGUCGUUGAUGGGUGUCGUCCACAUUGUCUUAUAGGCCGUAACAUGUUCUCACUUUUGGGCAUUCGGCUGGUCUCUGACAAAGGCGUGGACAUCGUUUGCAACAUGGCCUCCGCCAAAAAUAGUCCGGCGCCCGCCACAUCAACCCCACUCUGUGCCCGCUCUGAAGCCGCUCUAACCCCGUUGGUCGAAGUCAUUCCUGAUGACAUAGACCCCAAACGGAAGAGGCUGAGAGCUAGGCUCCCUGCUGUCGAGGACGCUCUCAUCUAUCCAUAUAGAGCACCAUCACGGAAGAGGAGUGUGGUCGAUCAGUCCAUCAUCCAUUCGCGCCUGACGAGUAUGGCCGAAGCUGGCAAGGUCAAGCCAUCUUGUCCGGAAGCAUGCACUUGCAUCUUCCAACCUGUACUCGUCGACAAGCUCGAUCACGGUGAUGACAACGCUCCUGCCCGUGUCUAUCCAUCUGAUGAUCUUCAUCAACGAUAUCGGAUCACUACUGAUAUCAGGCCCCUAAACCACCUCUCACUGCGGACAGACAGCAAUGGUCGCUUCGUCUAUUACCCGCAAUCUGUGGUACGAGAUCUUCCUCCCACUUCUGAUGUUACCUCUAAACAAUAUCAGUCGUCGGCCAUCGAUCAACUCCGUCGCACGGAUAUUCACCACUGCAACUUCUGGUGUCGGUUGGAUCUGGUGGAUGCUUUCGGCUGUGCCCGAAUUCAUCCCACCCUGAUGACAAAGAUAGCGACCACUAGCGUCGACCCUAUCACUGGCAAGGAGCACGUCUGGCAAAUCUGCACCAUACCCCAGGGAUGGUGCUGGUCAAGUAUUCUCUUCCAUACCUGUGUACAUUGGCUUGUACACAACCCCAUCAAAGAAGCUCUCGCAAAAGCUAACUGCCCGUGCUCUGUCCUAUUCGUGCAAGAUGACAUCCUGCUAGGUUGUCCUACCAAAGCUGAUUCUAUGAAGGCUCUUUCUAUCGUCACCAGUGUCCUACAAGACUAUUGCUUUGCUGUUAACCCCCUGAAGACUGUCGGCCCGGCAUCGGUAACUCCCUUUUGCGGUCUGGUCAUCGAGUCAGGUGGACGCUAUCGUCCGCAUCCAUCGAGGAGGGUACUCACUGAGGCAUCCUUUGAUCUCGCAUGGGACGAGUUUAUCAACGGAACCUUCAAGGCCAAGCGUAAGCGAGGAGCUCCUAAAGUUGCCGCAGCUGCCUCGAACCUCAAAAUCUCGUCUCGGGUAUCAUGGCUCAAAUCAUGGUGUGGUACAUUCAACUACUUCCUUGGUCACCUUGCGAAGCAGCAGCUUGACGCUCUGCAUGCUCUCACUGACGUGUCCAAGCGACUCCAAGAUCCUGCUAUUACCGACGAGGAGGUGGAAGCUCAGAGUACCCUUGUACACGCGGCUUUCAAGUCACUGUUCGACUAUUAUCUCAGUGGUAUACCGGCUCUAUAUGCCGCUCGAGACGGUCAAGCCAUCGGCACCAUUGUCCUUAGUGAUGCCAACUGCCAUGGGUGGUCUGCUAUCAUCUUAAGGGUUACAACCUACUGUCCGCUCAACAACGAUAACUGCGAGGCCACUCAGUCGUCGCUACGUUGCAGGAUCCCAAACCUUAAAGAGUUCUUCCCUGAUGUCAACCUGGCACUGCAUGCUCUACCCCUCCGACUCGUUGGUGGAAAAUGGUCACCUCGUACGGCUACAUCUCGCAGCUCUACCUGGAAGGAGCGAGCCGCUAUUCUCCUGGCCAUCGAUGAAUGUAUCGGUCUGCUCGAGGGACGAGUCGUGGUCAUUGUCGACAACCAGAAUGUCCAGAAAGAGUGGCGCAGUUUCGCCAACGACUUCACUGGUCCCUUCCUACACCGUUGGGAGCAAUUCCUUCGAGUCGUACAUGAUGUCCGCUGGUCUCCACGAGAUACCUCUCCGGUAUGGCCCGAUGCCCUUGCACGAGCCAUCUCUGAUUAUGGGGAGGAGAGAGAGGUCUACGAUGAGCUCAUUGACUCUGCUGAUAAUGCGAACUGCCACGUUGUCGACGCCACGGAAGACACCGCUCCGAACGAUGAUGAGCAACCCUCAUCUGGUCCAGAACAGGCGCUCAGGCACAUCGUCCCGGUUCAAUUGCUCAGGCGUUCUUUCGAUGCUUGGCGUGGUCGCACGACCUUUCAAGAAGUGGCAACCAUCCCAGUCGACCCCGCGGCUGCACGCACUUGGCUCCGAGACGUCCAGACCAAUGACCCUACUUGUCAGAGGCUCGCCAGUCUCCCCCGCUCACAGUUCACCAUUGACAACGACGGAUUGUUGCGAUAUGGGCAUCGUUACUUUCUACCUCAACGGUUUGCUCACUCGGUUAUCGAAGAUAUCCACAUCUUCCUCGGUCAUUGUCCGCUCAAGCAAACCCACGACAGUGUAGUAAAGGCUUUCUACAUCCCUGGUGUCUCUCGGCUUGUUCAACACGUGGUGUCAAGAUGCGCAUGCCAGUUCUCAGCCGGCCGUCGGGGCAACGUUAACCCCAUCGGUCCCCCAUUGAGAAGUACUUCAAGGCCUAUGAAGAUCCUCGACUGUUGCUUCCUUGAUAUUGUCGGUCCUCUGCCUGUGUCGGAAUCCUUCUCCCACCCCUUCAAGUUCAUCAUAUCAUGCAUGGACUGUUGCAGCGGUUAUUGUUGGUUCUUUCCAACUCCCGACAUCACCAGCAAGACCAUCACUGGUAUCCUCGAAGCAAGGCUGAUCGAUCAGGUCGGAGUCCCACGAGUCUUCACAGUCGACAAUGCCCGCUAUUUCACUGGUGUUUACUUCCGCGCCUGGGUUGCCAGCAUAGGUGCUACCUUGAGAUGUAUCCCUGUCGCUAGCCCCCAUCGCAAUGCCCUAUUAGAACGUCAACACUCUGGUCUCAAGAAGUCAUUGAAGGCCCUCUGUGCUGAACAUCCUGAAUCGUGGCCGGCGUAUGUCACUAAAGCUCAGCGGAGGAUCAACACCCGAUCUACAUAUGGCUACAGUCCUCAAGAGCUAUUCUACGGUUUCGAUGCUCUAACGCCCUUCUCAAGACGGUUUGAAGACGUCAGCAACACUAUCGACGAAGACUCUGUCCGUUUCGAGGCUCGACGUCGUGAUCGGGAACGACAGAGAAUGGUCGACAGCACUCUCAACGUAAUGGAGAAGAUGCGUGCUGAUGCUCUCUCGCGUAUCAAUCCAUCAACCUACACUCGACAAGUCGCACGACGACGUCUAUUCAAGGUUGGUGACUCCGUGAUGAAGUGGGUCCGUAACGUCGACCCCCUUACUCCUUCAUGGAGAGGCCCUCUACUGGUUCAACAAGUACUUGGCGAUUCUACUUACAAGCUUUCCGACGGCACUGUUCAAGAUUCCAGAAAUAUGCGGAAGUACUUCGGUAAAGCCCAGAAUAUGAAUCCCAUUACUAUUGCAUAUAUUCAGUAGAUUUAAUUCACUUUUGAUAUUUGUGCCAAUCUUACGGGGAGGAGAGAUGAUAAGAGUCUAUAGCCAUUCAGUCUUAUGGCGUGCGCUCCCUGUAGCGUAAAGCUCGCUCUCGCCCGACCGUUUCAAAUAUUGUCCGUUCAAACCAUUGUUCGGAUCCCGUGGAUCUAUCUGAUCUGUCUGCACU